GGAGCGCUCUGUGGGUGCGUCUGUAGAGGGCCUGCGUCUCGUUGUUUGGUUGUGAUGAUCUCUCGGCCUCCGGGAUCGGAUCGUUUUGGCAGCACGUCUGAACCCCCACCCCCUGGCCGAAAAGCGCCCCCUUUCGGCAUCGAGAGCUGGAUGCCAGUGCGACAACCUCCCAGCCAUUCGGAUUAACUACUCUCGGAAUUACCCCACUUUUUUUACUUUCCUUUUUCCCCCUCUUCUUGGAUGACAUGGGGUUUUUCGCGAUCCCCGAUCACACACACGUGGAGUAAUUCACUUUUUAAAGAGACACCAUCGUCUAACUUUACGGAAAGUAAGCGAAAGCCGACAUGGAUCCUGCAAGCCAAGCAGCCGGCGGCGAGGACCCGAGCAAGCCGUCAAAGAAAAAGCCGACCGAGGAUGAUGGCAAGAACAAAAAGCUGAACAUCCACAUAAAAACACUGGCUGAUGAUAUGCGUGACCGGAUCACGAGUUUCCGGAAGACGGGCACGAAGAAGGAGAAGCCGCUGAUCCAGCACCCGACAGACCCACAGUCGGCCCAGACUGAGAUGCCAGUGCCCCAGCCGCUGUUCGACGAGCGCUCCAUGAACCUGUCCGAGAAGGAGAUCGUGGACCUCUUUGAGAAGAUGAUGGAGGACAUGAACUUGAACGAGGAGCGCAAGGCUCCCCUGCGUGGGAAGGACCUCAGCACCAAGCGGGAAAUGGUCGUCCAGUACAUCUCUGCCACUGCCAAAUCUAUAACCGGAAGCAAAGUUGCGGGCGGCCUGAGGAACAGCAAGCACGAGUGCACACUGUCGUCGCAGGAGUACGUCCACGAGCUGCGAUCCGGCAUCGCCGAUGACAAGCUCUUCAACUGCCUGGAGUCCCUACGUGUGUCUCUCACCAGCAACCCCGUCAGCUGGGUGAAUAACUUUGGCCAUGAGGGCCUGGGCCUGCUGCUGGACGCACUGGAGAAGCUUCUGGAUAAAAAACAACAAGAGAGCAUUGACAAGAAAAACCAGCACAAGCUUAUCCAGUGUCUCAAGGCCUUCAUGAACAACAAGUAUGGCCUGCAAAAGAUCCUUGGGGACGAGCGGAGCCUCCUGCUCUUGGCAAGAGCCAUCGAUGUCAAGCAGACCAGCAUGAUGACGGAGAUCGUCAAGAUCCUAUCCGCCGUCUGCAUCGUGGGCGAGGAGAACAUCCUCGAUAAGAUCCUGGAGGCCAUGACGAUCGCGGCGGAGAGGAACAACCGAGAGCGCUUCGCCUGCAUUGUGGAGGGCCUGGAGAACCAUGAGGCACAGCAGCUGCAGGUGGCGUGCAUGCAGCUGAUCAAUGCCCUGCUCACUUCCCCGGAUGAUCUGGACUUUCGCAUCCACCUCCGCAAUGAGUUCCUGCGCUGUGGCCUAAAGAAGAUCUUGCCGGAGCUGAAGGAGACGGAGGAGUUAGACAUCCAGCUGAAGGUGUUCAACGAAAACAAGGACGAGGAUUUCCUGGAGCUGUCCCACCGACUGGAGGACAUCCGGGCCGAGAUGGACGACAUGAGCGAAGUGUACCACCUGCUCUCCAACAUGGUGAAGGACACGGCCUCCGAGAACUACCUGCUGUCGAUCCUGCAGCACCUCCUGCUCAUCCGGAAUGACUACUACAUCAGGCCGCAAUACUACAAGAUCAUCGAGGAGUGUGUGGCUCAGGUAGUACUGCACCGCAGCGGCAUGGACCCCGACUUUGGCUACCGGGAACGGCUGGAUGUCGACUUCACCCCACCUCGUUGGUACACCACAGAUCAGUGUGUGGAUAAGACCAAAGUCGAAGAGAGCGAACAGAAGGCCCUGGAGUUUUCCAAGAAGUUCGAUGAGGAGUUCAGCGCCCGGCAGGAAGCUCAGGCUGAGCUCCGGAAGCAGGAGGAGAAGAUUAAGGAGAUGGAGGUGCAGAUCCAUGCUCUGCAAACCCAGCUAUCUAGCGAAAGGGACAAGCUAAAAGAGGCUCAGAGGCUGAUCAGCGACUCUCAGGGCCAGGCAGCAGCUGGAGCUGGAGCUGGAGUGCCCCCCCCACCACCGCCCCCUGGUGGUUUGGCCCCACCCCCACCUCCGCCCCCACCUCCACCACCCCCAGGGGGUUGUCCUCCUCCCCCACCGCCGCCCCCCAUGCCUGCUGGGAUCCCUCCUCCUCCUCCGCCUCCACCGGGCUGCGGGCCACCGCCGCCUCCACCUCCACCUGGGGGAGGACCCCCACCUCCGCCCCCUUUUGGGGGUCCUGGAAUUCCACCACCGUUGGCUCCAGCUGUCAUCAAACUACCUUACGGGCUCCAGCCCAAGAAGACCUACAAGCCGGAGACGGUAAUGAAGAGGGUCAACUGGUCCAAGGUCGUGCCUCAGGAAAUGGCUGAAAACUGCUUCUGGAUCAAAGUCAAGGAGGACAGGUUUGAGAACCCUGACCUCUUCUUCCAGCUGUCCCUCAUCUUCUCCGCUAAGUCCGCAGUAAGAAAGGAUGUUGACGAGACCGACGACAGGAAGGUGGCGCAGUUCAAGAAGAAGGCAAGAGAGCUGCGCAUCCUGGACGGCAAGACAGCCCAGAAUCUAUCAAUCUUCCUUGGCUCUUUCCGGCUUCCCUACGAGGAGAUCCGGGACAUCAUCCUGGAGGUGGAUGAGCAGCGACUCAGCGAGUCCCUGAUCCAGAACCUGAUGAAGAAUCUUCCGGAGCAGAAGGAGCUGAAUGCGCUGGCGGAGCUGCGCGGCGAGUACGACACGCUGUGCGAACCCGAGCAGUUCGCCAUCGUGAUGAGCUCGGUGAAGAUGCUCCGCUCCCGCCUGAAUGGCAUCCUCUUCAAGCUGACGUUCGAGGAGCAGGUGAACAACAUCCGGCCCGACAUCAUGAGCGUGACGCUGGCGUGCGAGGAGCUAAAGAAGAGUGAGGGAUUCACCCGGCUGCUGGAGAUGGUGCUGCUCAUGGGAAACUAUAUGAAUGCAGGCUCCCGCAACGCCCAGACCUUUGGCUUCAACAUCAGCUUCCUGUGCAAGGUGGGUCCGUUCGCAGCCUCCGCGUCCUCCAGCCGGGUCCUGUUGGGCCGGUUUCAUCCUGUGAUUCUUCUCUGCCUUCCCCCAACAGUUUCGGCGCAGACCCUGAAGGCGAGUCUGGACACCAUGGAACGUCACAUCGAGCGUCUGGAGAACGACAUCAAGAACUUCCCCAAGACAGAAGAUGCCCAGGAUAAGUUUGUGCAGAAGAUGACCGGCUUCUGCAAACAGGCGCGGGAGCAGUAUGAGAAGCUGUCCACCAUGCACAAGAACAUGCUGAAGCUUUACGAGGAUUUGGGCAGCUACUUCGCCUUCGAUGCACAUUCUGUCAGCAUCGAGGACUUCUUCGGGGACCUGGCCAACUUCCGCACCCUCUUUCUGGAAGCUGUUAAGGAGAACCACAAGAAGAGGGAGAUGGAGGAGAAGGUGAAACGGGCCAAGGUGGCCAAGGAGAAGGCGGAGCGGGAGAAGCUGGAACGGCAGCAGAAGAAGAAGCAGCUGAUUGAUAUGAACAAAGAGGGAGACGAGACCGGCGUGAUGGACAGCCUCAUGGAAGCGCUGCAAUCCGGGGCUGCCUUCCGGGACAGACGGAAGAGGACACCACGUAACGGAGAUCAAAGUCCCUCGAGUCCGGUCUCUCUCUGGCCAGGUGCUAACAAUGAAAACCGGCACUUAGCCCUGGAGAGGUCCCGCUCUCGCCACAACGGAAACCCAUCCGGCCGGUGACCUCAGCCAGAUCUCGCCAGCCUCGGCCAGCCUCGCAGGAAGGAAUCUGACGUGUGCCAAAGACGGAGCGUUGGGGGGGGGGGGGGGGGCAUCUGGAGUGGAAGGAAACUGCGGGGUGAACCCGCGGGUUCGAAUGGGACGGCUUGAGGGGCUGACAAACGCGGAGGUCCAGGACGGCCGGAGGGGAGCAGCCCGUCACCGACCAGCUGACGGUCUGGUGACCUCAGCAUAUUUAUUUAUUCCUACUGUGGCUUUGUUUGCGAAGGACAUGUUUAAUUACGCCUGCAGUUGAUUUUAAUCUCCUUUCCAUUUUUAUUUGCUUGUUUGCUCUCUGUCUGGCACGCUCACUCGCCCAUCUGUCCCGCUUGGUGAAGCUGACUGACUUGUGCUGGUUUACUGCUGCCUGACUUUCAGCUUCACUCAAUCAGCAGCAGAAAAACAAAAGAAACGGGAAAACAGAACAUUCAGGUAACUUCUGGUCUGAAGUUUUUACAUUUGUACUCUCUAAAAUCGGGGGGGUGGGGGGGGGGGGGUAGACCUUUGCCCCAAACCAGAGGCGUCUUUUUUCCAAACCUUUAUCUCCAUGCCCCAAAAAGUUCUCCUCCGUUUCGAUAUCCUGGCCUGUAUGUUCUACGCUCUACAUUCCAUGGAGGUUCCACUUUUCCCCACUGCGCAGAUUCUGCCGUUAUCUGCUGCACGUCGUUUAUAUCUGCGCUGAGACACGAUGUGUAAAUGAGAAUUACGAUGAGUUGUACAUGCUGUGUGGAGGAGGAUCCUCACGCUUGUUUCCAUUAUGGUGUUUCUGCUACCUUGAGGGUGCCUCUGUUGGCCGUCCCCAAGGAAUACGUGGGUUAGCUCUGCUGCAUGUAACAGAAAGGAAGUGGAGGAGGUGAAUGCGGACUCUUGAGAUGCAGGCUAUGGUGUUGGCCCAGAGCUCGCAGAUGGAAAGAUGCAGCUCUCAGGCUCCCAGUUACUCUGGCUGGGAUCAAUCCCAUUGAGAAGGUGAGGCCCUUCAUCUGCAGAUGUUUGUCAAGGUAUGUCUUCAGAACCCCUAAGCGACGCAUCACGGCGAACAGGGCACUGCCCUCUGCUGGGAAGUCCACUGGCAGACGACUCGCAUGUGGGGGCACCAGAAUCUAAGCCAAGGCAAGGCAUGGAAGAGGAAGAGAUGAGGCAGGUGAGGGUCAUGCUAUGAGGAGAUGGCAGGUUUAGUAGUGGGUUCUACUGUCUCCUCGGAUGGGAUUUAGGAUCCAGGCCUUCUAAACAUUUCCUGUCUCCGAUCCUUUUGAUUCAAGAGCAGAGCACUGCACCUCACUGGAAAGCCACCAUUGCCUGGGUGGGCAUCAAGUGGGGGGGGGUGAAUUUGUAAAGGCCCGAGACUGUUUCCAGAGGUGCCCCCCACCCCGGGUCUAGCCAUGAAUAGAGCCGGAAGCAGAGAUUUCAGUCCCCGGUUUAAGGCGUGACACACCGUUCACCCUCCUGGCUGGCCCUCUCACUGAAGGGCUGGUCUCCAGCAACUAAAGAGAGCUUUUAUUAAUGGGGUUUUGUGUGUUUAUAUGUCUCGAGACUUGCAUUUCCCUGCCCCGUGAAGCUGAUCCAUUCAAAAAGUGAGAUAAAUUAAUUCUGUCGACGCACAGGAACACCGUCGAGUUCAACAGCCCACAGCGAAAUACAAUAAGCAAUUUGAGCUGAGCGCAUUUUCCAGAUGUCUCAAAAAAUUCUGCGGAAAAUCUGAUAUUUUUCCCCAUAAAGGAAGGCCAUUAGGAGUCACAUCGCAGGACGGGCGGCAGCAGGGGGGGGGGGCGGCAGCCCUUUGUCCGCCUGCUUACCUCGGUGCGAUACCAUCGUCGCCUGCACCCUAACCGUUCUGCUCAGCGCAGAUUCACGUUGCCGCAUCCCGUCACGAGCUGCCGGGGGUCGUUGCCGGCCGGCCCUGCGCUCCUCCGUUGCGGAGCAGGUGGGGCAAAUCAGGAAGUACGGGCAUAUAUAAGAAACAGUAAAAAAUACUUAUUUACUGUUAAAAACAGUAACAUCAUCAAGAGAUUAAAUAGCAGGUUGACAUUUGAGCUUUUCCAGAUGAAAACACUUAAAAAAAAAUUGCGAGGACUACGGACAACGGGAAGAAUCCUCAGCGAGCCCCAGAAACUCGAUCGGAGCCGGAAUGACCCCAGAAUGUCUCUGCCUUACGUGAUAUGAGGAAGACGGCUAUCAUUUCCCUGCCUGGACAGCGUGUACGCUCCCUCGCUCUCUCUUGAUCCAUCAGGAUGCAGCUAGUGCAUGUUUCCUACGGACAGCUGCCACGCUGCCAUACCCAUAUUCAGACCUCUGCCGCAAGCGAAUCCUGCUGACUUGCGACCUGGGUGGGGGCCGGGGUCUCGAAUGCCAUUCAUUUGCUUUUUUUGUGUGUUUAUUUUGUCACGGAAAUGGAUGCCAAUUAAACUGUGUGUAAGUAGAAUGUCGAUAGCAGAGUUGUGCCAUUGGUAGAGUUGUUUACCCAGGUGGGGUGGGGUGGGGUGGGGGGUGGAUUCUAUGACGAUGGAAUCACAUUUCAAACGGUGCACUUUAACCCGCUGUAGGCUGCCAGUUUGAUUUUUAGGUUUUAUUAAGAGUGUGGUCUGCCUCGGACGAACGCGGAGAGGAGACUGGAAAACAUGAAGACCAGGGAAACUCCCAAUAACCUGAUUAAACAGCCAUGACUCACACUGUUAUGACCGCCAUGUCAGAUUGUCCUAAAACACUGUUUUGAUUUGUAACAUCUGUUUCUUUUUUGUCCUUAAUAAAAAGAAGGGGGAUGCA